AUGGUUCAUAGUAAAGGUUUGAAGUUCGGAAUUUAUGAAGACUACGGCAAUUUCACAUGUGCUGGCUAUCCCGGUGUGGUGGGCCAUCUUGCCGGAGAUGCGACGACAUUCGCGUCAUGGGGCGUGGAUUAUGUAAAAUUGGACGGCUGCUACGCCUUACCGGUGGACAUGGACCACGGAUACCCUGAGUUUGGACGCCAGCUCAACCUCACCGGCCGACAGAUGGUCUACUCUUGCAGCUGGCCCGUCUAUCAGAUAUACGCCGGAAUUCAGCCGAACUUCUCAUCGAUCAUUGAGCACUGCAACUUGUGGCGGAACUUCGACGACAUACAAGACUCGUGGGCCUCCGUCGAAUCUAUCAUUGACUACUACGGAAACCACCAAGACGCCAUUGUGCCCAACGCGGGUCCCGGACAUUGGAAUGACCCUGAUAUGCUGAUCAUUGGAAACUUCGGUCUAUCGUACGAGCAAAGCAAAACCCAAUUUGCGAUAUGGGCUAUUCUGGCGGCGCCGUUGCUCAUGAGCGUCGAUCUUCGGACAAUUCGGCCCGAGUACAAAGCGAUCCUGCAGAACAGGAAGAUUAUCGAAGUUGACCAGGACCCGUUAGGUAUCCAGGGCAGGAGGAUAUACAAACACCGCGGUAUCGAGAUCUGGUCGCGUCCGAUCGUGCCAAUCCAAGGGCAGUACUACUCGUACGCGAUAGCGUUCCUCAACCGGCGCACAGACGGCACGCCGUCCGAUGUCGCCGUCACGCUGCGCGAGCUCGGACUCAAUAACCCCGCCGGGUACAGGCUCGAGGAUCUGUACGAGGACGUGGACUACGGCGUGCUGUCGCCGCAAACCAAGAUCAAAGUGAAAGUGAACCCCUCAGGUGUGGUAAUACUCCGUGCCGACGCGCAGCCAUCUUUCGCCUACAACGCCAUUCCAACCAGGACAACUUACGCACCUUUUAACGAUAUCUUUAGACUGACUAGAAAAUAG